AGUCUGAUCUGAUUCGGUUGUUUAAUUACCGGCUCAGCUGCUGGGUCCACAUUGCUCUCGCAUGUAAUUAAGACUGCAAUUAAUUUGGCAUGUACAACUCGGCCAAAAAGCUACAGCGUGUGCUCACCGCACGCGAAAUACGGAAAACAUUCAUCGAUUACUUUACCGUCAAUCAUGAACACAAAUUUGUGCGCUCUAGUCCGGUUGUGCCGUUCUGCGAUCCCACCGUCGCAUUUGUCAAUGCAGGCAUGAACCAGUUCAAAUCCAUUUUUCUGGGCACAGCUGAAGCAUCGUACAAACGCGUCGUAAAUUCUCAAAAGUGUGUACGAGUCGGUGGCAAGCACAAUGACUUAUCGGUUGUGGGUCAGGAUGGAUACCAUCACACGUUCUUCGAGAUGCUAGGCAACUGGUCAUUCGGUGAUUACUUUAAGCGUGAAGCUUGUGCAAUGGCAUUGGAGUUGCUGCGCGGCCCCUAUAACAUUGAUCCUUCGCGUUUGUAUGUUACCUACUUUGCCGGCGAUAAGGUGCUUGGAAUACCAGCCGACUUGGAGUGCUUUGAAAUUUGGAGGAGUUUGGGAUUUCCGGCUGCACGUAUCUUGCCUUUCGGUUGCAAAGAUAACUUUUGGGAAAUGGGCACAACUGGUCCUUGUGGACCCUGCACUGAAAUACAUAUAGACCACAGACCUGGUUCGGGUCCUGCAAGUGUGGAGCAACGCGCAAAGCUAGUGAAUGCGGGCCGUGCAGACCUCACAGAGCUAUGGAAUUUGGUGUUUAUACAGUACAACCGCAAUGCAGAUGGAAGUAUAACACAGCUGCCCGCUCAGCACGUGGACACAGGCAUGGGCUUUGAGCGUUUAGCUGCGUUGCUUCAAAACAAAUCCUCCAAUUACGACACGGAUCUCUUCACGCCGCUGUUUGAUGGCAUACAUAGCCUUUCUAAAGCACCUUUAUAUGGCGGCAGUUUUCCAAAUGAUCAGAACGCGGCUCUGCUUGACACGAGCUACAGAAUUCUGGCCGAUCACGCACGAAUGAUUACAGCUUGCUUAGCUGAUGGCAUGCUACCGGAUCAGAAUCAGAAAUUACGUCGCGUCCUACGAAAAGCGCUCAGCAUCUCGGAACAGGUGUUUGCACAUGACAAACUUCUGUCACAGUUGGUGCCCAUUGUGGUUGAGACUCUGGGAGAAGCUUAUCCGGAAAUGUCGAGCAAACAGCAGGCUGUUAUCGAACUAAUUGCCCAUGAACAAGAGGUCUACAAAAAUCUGCGUGAGAGCUCUUCUAAGGCUUUUGCUGAGGUGCUAACUGAGUUUCCCAAUCUGGAUGACAUUGAUCUGAUGGAAUGUCCUGGUUUCGUUCCCGCCUAUCGAGAAUUUCAAGUGCAACGCUCAAAUUUUCCUAACAACACGAUACCAGGUGAAUUCCUAUACAAGCUAACAGACACCUAUGGCCUGACCGAGGAGAGCUUUCUGAAGCUAGCCGAGCUAGAGAAUAUGAACUGUGAUUUGGAGCGUUAUCGUGCUGAAUUAGCUCUGGCAAAGCUUAAAACCAAAGAACCACAGAAUAGCAGAGGCGACUUCGAUCUGGCCCGUCAGGAGCGCAUCGCAGACGCACAAGUUCAACUCACUAAGCGACUGGCAUCCACUGAUAACAGUUACAAGUAUAUAUACAGCUAUGAUGAAAAAAAUGAAUGCUAUGCGAUUCCCAUGCUCAAAAGUUACGUGCUGGGCAUGCUACAGGAUGAGACAGAGGUGUCACGCAUUCGCCCAGAGGAGUCAUUCGAUUCGCUCUCAAUUGUAACAUCUGCUAGUAAUUUCUAUUUCGAAUCUGGUGGCCAACAAUCGGAUCUUGGUAAACUGUUAGUGCGGAAUAAUCUAAAGCCAGAGGAACCUCAUAAGUUGGAUGUGGUUGGCGUAAAGCAUCUCAACGACUGCGUCGUACAUAUUUGCCGCUUGACUACAGCUAUCGAUGACUUUCAGCUGGCUGUUGGGGAUGAGGUGCAGCUUGAAGUAGAUGCCAAGCAACGCCAGUUGAAUACGUGCCAUCACACAGCUACCCAUCUGCUGAAUGCCGCCAUACGAUCUCUCUUCAACAAGGUGACAUAUCAGGUUUCCAGCGCGGUUAGUAGUGAGCAGUGUAAACUGGAGCUGGGACUCUUGGGAAAGCGCAUAAGCAGAGCUGAUGUGCAGCACAUUGAGGAUCUGAUCAACCGCACGAUCUGUUCCGCCACGCCCGUCCAAGUGCAUCAGCUUAGCGCAGCCGAAGUGCUGCAGCAAAACGACAUAACUAUGGUGCCAGGUGAAGUUUAUCCCGAGCAGGGACUACGUCUUAUUCAUGUGCAAUGCCCAGAGCUAAAUCUGAGCUCAAAGGAACUCUGCUGUGGCACGCAUGUAACCAACACGAAGGAGUUGUCUUGCUUUUGCAUUGUUAAUCUCAAGCAAACCAAUAGAGCCCGCUAUGCCUUCUCAGCUGUAGCUGGCCAAGCUGCAGAGAAUGUUCUAAAAACAGCAGCACUGCUCCGUCAUCGUGUGGAUGUGCUGGAAAAUCAGUUUCAAACGGACAAGCUGACAAAUGCCACGGAAACUGAGCUGCAGACCAUACGCCACAACAUGCUGCACUCGGACAUAAAGCUGCCCUACGCUUUCAAGAUGGACACGUUCGAUCGCAUCAAUGAAAUGCUACGUAGACUUAAGGAAACAUCGCGCACAACCCUUAAAGAGUUUGUGGAAGUGGAAAUGCGAAAUCUACUACUCGAAAAGCCGCUUGACACGCAUCCCUACAUCCUUCACUUUAUAAGCAGCUCGGCGCUGGUUGAGGAGAUUCCCUUGCAACGUGCCACAAAAUUAUGCACAGAUCGUCCCAUUCUGGUUGUUAGCAUGUGUGAUAACAUAGUCAAAGCGCGCUGUUGUGUGCCGCAGAACUGCAUUAGCAAGCAAUUUAAUGCGUCGCUUUGGCUGCAAUCCUUUGCAGAAACAUUUAAUGGCCAAGUGUCUGCACCUAAGGGUCAAAAUGCCGAAAUCGUUUGUAACAUGAAAGGCCGCAAAGUUAAUACACAGUUCGAAGAACAAUUGGAGCAGGCGAUGAGCAAUGCUCAACUUUAUGCCAAACGUUAUUUGGAGUUCUAAUUUGUCACAGAACAAAGGCCAGCUUUAAGUUUGCUAUUGUUAGCGAGAAUAUAUUGCAGACUAUUGAUGUACAUAAA